GCAGUACCUCCAGCGGGCUGGCAGCUCCUCCCGGAGCCCCGCACCCCAUAUCCCAGCCCCGGGGCCGGAUCCCGACCCCACAGGCGCCUCCCCGAGCGCCGCACCGCCCGCUCAUCUCCUCCAGCGCCCGAUGGCCAUCAACGCAACGGCACUGUGGGACAACAGCAGCGCGGCCCGGUGCACCGUGGAUGCCGCCUUCGCGCAGCGCUUCCUGCCCGCCGUGUACCUGGUGGUGACCCCGCUGGGGCUGGUGGGGAACAUGCUGGGGCUGUGGCACCUGCAUGCCGGCCCCCGCGGCCCGCUCAGCCCGCUGGUGGGCCACCUGGGCCUGGCCGACCUGCUGUACGUCUGCACGCUGCCCUUCCUCAUCAGCUACUACCUGCGCGGCCGCACCUGGGCCUUCGGGCAGGGCUGGUGCCGCCUCACCCGCGGGCUCUUCCACCUCAACCUCUACGCCAGCAUCGGUUUCCUCACCUGCAUCAGCGUGCACCGCUACCUGGGCAUCGUGCAUCCGCUGCGGGCGCGGGGCCGCUGCCGGGCCGCCAUGGCGCCGGGCCGGCUCAGCGCGGCCGUGUGGCUGUGGGUCAUGGCGCAGGUGGGCCCCGACUUCGCCUUCAGCAAGAUGGACCCCAAGGGGACGCAGUGCCACGACACGACGGGGGCCGAAAGCCUGGGUGCCUACGUGCCCUACACCGCCGCCGUCACCGUGACGGGGUUCGUCAUCCCCUUCCUCAUCAUCGUCGGGUGCUACUGCCACGUGGUGCUGGUGCUCUGCAGGAGCGAUACGGUGGAGCCCGGCCUCAGGAGGAGCAGCAUCAGGCUGGUGGUGCUCGUCACGGUCCUCUUCUCCGUCUGCUUCCUGCCCUACCACAUCUUCAGGAACCUCAACCUGCUGUCCCGAGCCUGGCAGCGCCAGGGGUCCUGCACACAGGCCAUGAAGGACAUCUACGUCUCCUACCAGGUGACCAGGGGCCUGGCCAGCUUCAACAGCGCGCUCAACCCUCUGCUCUACGUCAUGACCAGCAAAGACUGCAUGUCACGCAUGAGGAAUAUCUACCAAAGGUCCAAAGAGACCCUGGGAUCCAUCUUCACGUGGGAAUCCAAUAACCAAGCCCACGAGACGAGGAGCAGCAUCGUCUUUGAGGAGCAGGAGGCUUCUGAGCAGCUCUGACCGGCGCAGCACCUCCCCGACAGCUGUGCACAUCAGCUUCAGCUUUCCCCCACCUGAAGCACGCUUUGUGGUGAGAUGAGACUGCAGUCCUUGGCUCCAGUAUGGUGCCUGGGACAGACGGGACCGAGGGCAGCAGGGAGUAGGCUGGACUGGGGCUUUAGAACAGAGCAACCAGCCCCAAGUGGGGCAGCGAGCUGCUGCAUUGCAGGAUGGUGGAGAGGGGGAGUUCUGCAGGGGGAAGGGCUGUAGAAGUGGAAACAUUCACUAACAUAUCUUGAUUUAAACAUGACUAAACUGUGCCAGCAGUGGUGUUGGUUGUUUCUGGAGGCAGAGCCGCUUUGGGAUCUGGCUUAUCUUCUGCUGCCCGCCUCCGUCACAGCAGAAAAAUGUAUUUUAGCGUUCUUCACUCUCUUCUGGAAUUGUGUAUAACAAACAAACCAGCAUCUUAAAGUUGCUCAGGGCUUUUUUUUAAUUCGCAAAGGCAAAUGAGUGCAAUGGCCUGAACCGUGAGCUCAGCAGGCAAUGCCCCAGAGAGCUCUGAGCCUCUUGGGUGGGGGCUGAGCUCUCCGGCAUUCGGCCUCACAAUGGCGUUAACAUGAGAUAAUUCUCUCGCAAAUCUGAUGCGAAAACGUCGCCUGCAGAGUGGCAGCACCAGCUGAAGUUGUGCAGAGGUACAGUGAGCUGCCAGGGCAGGACGUGCAUCAGCUUCUGUGGAUGUAGGGGCAUUUCUGCUGCAGGGUGAGCAGCAGCUCCUGAGCAGAGCUUUGCUUUUCGCUUUCGGUUCUCCCCAGCACGAGCAGCUGCAACGCAUGACCGGAGCAGUGAGACUUGGAGCAGCAGAUUUCAGAAGGGGAUGUUAGAACUGCCCUGACCUGGAGAGCACGGCCCCACGCAGGCUGCAGUUGGAGCAAAGCCUGACCUGCACCAACCAGCUGCUGCUCACACGGCCCGACCUCACCGCUCCACAGAGGGCACAGUGGCAGUCACACAGGGCUAAUGCAUCUGAGGUGCAAAUAAACACCUAACAUGUUCACUUGCGCUCCUCUGGCUUCUUCUAGAGCUCAGUGGCAGCACAGAGCCAGCUGGCCUGGGGGAUGGAGCAGGGGCACCAGCUCUGCUGCCAUCCAUGUGCCCGGCUCUCAUCCACUGCCCCCACAUCAGUGUUAAGGGUGAGUUAAAGGUCUGUAUCCCACAAACCAGCCCUGAGCCCAGGAGCUGUAGCAUCUCCCAGUUCCUUAUUCCACAUCAGUUAAACCAGCAGAAGCCAUGGGGAUCUGCACAGCGCAACGAUGGCUCCAGGGUUUGGUGGCACUUUGUGCUUCACAGCCCUCCUGAGCCUCAGGCAGCACCACUCUUUGUGCAAGCUGAAGAAAGAAGAGGAAAAAAAAAAAAAGAAGGAAAAAAAAAAACCUCUCCUCAAACGCAGGUAGGUUCCUUCCCUUAAUUAGCUGUGUGUGUAAUUAAGGACAACCACUGGCACAUGAGCCUGCCCGGCUCUCACAGCUGUGCGAUGGAGCAGCAGCAAAGCAGCCGCCUCCUGCUGCCCUCUCUCCAGGCUCCUCCCCGUGCAAAGAGCAGCUGCUGCCCCACAGGGGACAAAUGUGACAGGCAGAGAUGUACGGAUUACAACCAUUUCACUUCCCUAGAAUGCAAAACCGUUCUGCUUGGCAUCCAAAACGCUACGCAAGAACAGAUUGCUGUCGGCAGCAGCUAAACCAGAGGCCCCCAGCAGAGCGAGGAGUGCAGGGCCAGAGGCUUUGGGAGCAUCUCCUGUGGCGUGGUGGGAGCUGCGGUGUGUGCAGAAAGGGCUGAGUCCUGCAGGUCACUAAUGAAAGGUCACAGCAUCCCCGAAUGCAGCAUUUAUUUCUGCAGCAGAGCAGUUUCACUGUCCCGGUACCUCUGGGUAUAGGGAGAGCAGACCUGACAGCUCAUCUGAUUUACCAAGGCCAUCGGCCGUGCUGGGGAAGCAAUGGUAAUGCAGUUAACUCUGGGCGAUCCGGGCAAAAAUGGUAAAUAUGUGUGGGAUUGGGUGCUGCCAGAGGGUGUUUCUUUAAAAUGAAAUUUGCAGCCUUUGUGCAGAGUGCUUUGGCAUCUGGGAGACCAACAGUUUGUUAAGGAGAGCGCGCCGUAUAAAUAGAACAACAUUCAGUGUGGCUGCA